AUGGCACUAAUAACCCAACCCUGUUAUAGGUUCAAGGAUGGCCUGGCUACCCUCAACUUUUUCAACGCUCUGGAACAGCAUCCCUCCAUUUUCCUGCCCUACAUGUGUUACAGAGCGGAAGACCUGACAGCCGAGAUUGUAGAGUCACUGUUCCGUCCACAAUUGAGCCCAACUGGUAGCUCAAAUCGGCAUGAGGAGGAGAGAGUGCUUGGCUACUGGCUGGACUACUUAAUCGCUGUAAAAGAGGACGGGUCAGGGAUGUCUCUGCAGGACAUUCUAAUGUUUGCAACAGGCCUGAAAGAAAUCCCAGCAGCAAAAUUAAUACCACAGCCUCAACUCACAUUCCAGAAACACGCAAGGUUUCCUGAGGCUAAUGUCUGCGCUAACACAAUAAAACUCCCAAUCUUACCCUCAUAUGAAAUCUUUGAGGAAGCCAUGAAUUAUGGAAUCAAGAACGCCCCUGGAUUUGGGCUUCAUUGAGGUGUCAAUCAGAAAUUAACAUUCGUGGCAAAUUUGCAUUACUGUUGUUACUGUUUGCAUUGCACUUUACUGUUUGCACUUUUACAUUGUUUACAGAAAUCCAAUUAUUUUUUUAUAAGAAAAGUUGCACGUUUCUCUAUUUGGAAACUUUUUGUGGCAGAUUUGCAUUGCUCUUACUGUUCGCACUUUACUGUUUGUCAGUACUGUCACAGUUUAAAGAAAUAAAAUCAUUUAUAUAAGAAAAUGUAA